AGCUCCCAGCGCCUCUCGGGAGCCGGGAGUCGCUGGAGCUCGCUCGCGCCAUGGCGGAGGGACGGGGCAAAGCUCGGCCCACCACCCUCAUCGAGCCCAAAGCACAGGAGCCGGAGAUGCAGACGCUGCCCGCAUCUGACUGGUUCCAGGCACAGUUGGUGCAGGUCCUGGAGCUGAGACCCGGGGGCUGGGACACCGUGGAUCUCAAGAGUGCCAUCAAGCUGGCGCAUGGCGAGAAGGUGGAGCCCGAGAAGGCCGCAUUCAUGCCUUCGUCGCGCCUGAGCAAGCACAAGGACAAGACCCCCAAGUGAGCAGGCCGAGCCGCGGCCGGAAUCGGCAUUGGCGAGAGCCGGCUCGGUGAGAGCCGGAACGUCUUGCCGUCAACGAAGUGAGAAAAAGCCAAGUUCCCA